CAUAGCUGGAUCAGUGGACAGGAACAUGGAGCCAGAUCAUGGAGAGAGAAGAUCAUUAAAUUUCGUGUUCACAUUGAAGAAUUCCAGCACCUGUGGCCUAUCAGCCAGCCUCAGAACCUUGGAGAAAUUUGAUGCCUGCGUCUACCAUUUUGAAACGAGACCUACAAGACGGGUAAGGCACAGAGGGGAUGGCAUUGAGUGUUUUGUGAAAUGUGACAUCGCAAGUUCUUCAGUGAAUUCUCUCAUUGCAUCUUUAAAAAGAAUGGCGGAUGAUGUGAGAGUGGCCACAGAGGAAAGAUGGUCUUCUUUUCCAAGAAAACUGCAAGACUUGGACAAAUGCCAUAACCUGAUUAUUAAAUUUGAGCCGAAUUUUGAUCAGGAUCAUCCGGGAUUUGCAGACCAGGAAUACAAGAAACGCAGAACUUACUUUGCAGACCUUGCAUUGAGUUACAGACAUGGAGACGUCUUGCCAAGAAUUGACUACACAGUUGAAGAAACUAACACUUGGAGGCAGGUUUACAAAGCCCUGCGCAGCCUGUAUCCAAAUUAUGCAUGUAAGCAAUACCUAGAUGCAUUUCAACAGCUGGAGAACUUAUGUGGGUUUUCGGAAGAGUCCAUUCCCCAACUUCAGGAUGUGUCACUUUUCUUAAAAGACAGAACAGGGUUUAAACUGAGACCAGCAGCGGGCUUGUUGUCUGCACGAGAUUUCCUAUCCUGCCUGGCAUUCAGAGUAUUUCCGAGUACUCAGUACAUAAGGCAUCAUUCAUCUGCCAUGCAUUCCCCAGAACCUGAUUGCUGCCAUGAAUUGCUGGGUCAUAUUCCAAUGCUAGCCGACAAGGAAUUUGCUCAGUUUUCCCAGGAUAUUGGCCUAGCUUCUCUUGGUGCAUCUGAUGAAGAUAUUGAAAAACUGUCAACGCUAUACUGGUUCACUAUUGAAUUUGGACUCUGCAAGCAGAAUGGAUCUAUUAAAGCCUAUGGAGCUGGUCUUCUGUCCUCUUAUGGAGAACUCGUGUAUGCAUUGUCCAACAAGCCAGAGAUCAGACCUUUUGAUCCUGAAAUUACUGCAAUCCAGCCCUAUCAGGAUACAUCGUUUCAGCCAGUGUACUUUGUAACUGAAAGUUUUGAGGAUUCCAAAGCUAAACUCAGAGAAUAUGCUAUGAAGAUGAAGAAACCAUUCUCCCUUCAUUAUGACCCUUUUACCAGCAGUAUUCAAGUUCUCGAUUCUCUCCAAAAAGUUAAGAAUAUUCUUAGUCAAAUAAACGAUGAUCUGAGAAGCCUUCAUUCUGCACUUGACAGAGUUUGCUAAAGUUCUACGGUCCAGAUGUUCAAUCUAGAAAUCUUGUGUUUGGGCAAAAAUAAUACACAUAUUAUGUUUUUGUAAUUUAUCUUGAAAAUUUGGUGUAUUAAGCUUAAUUUGUCAC